AUGUCUCAUUAUUCAAUUAACUUUUUCUCCACAUUGACUCUUUCAAAGCUUCCUCCGAUGACUAAGGUCGACGCCGCUAUCUCUUCCAUCCCACUGACAAUUGUUACCAGCGACGACUUCCACAAUGAUGGUAUACCUUCAGACCCAUUGCUGCUGCUAGGAAGCUACAUUGAUGUUGAGUUGGAUGUUAGGGUAGAGACCACCACACCAAACAACAGUGAUGUACCUAAUGAAGGGAAGGUGUCUGAUGUAAAUCGGAGUAAGUUGCAGAUUAAGAGAAAGAUUACUCCUAUGUGUCGAGUGAAUCCAGAUAGGCCGGAAUGGUUGCCAAAUAAUUGGACGUUCGAAACAAUAGCCCGUACUGGUGGAGCCAGUGCAAGACAAAAAGAUAGUUAUUAUUUUGAACCGGUGUCUGGGAGUAAAUUCAGGUCAAAGCCUGAGGUGAAUCAUUUCCUGAAAACAGGUCUCAAGAGGGAAAAACUUGACCCUAACCGUGAUGUUGCUACACCAUUUGAGGGCAAAAAACAAAAGAAGAGUGGCUCGAAAAAGGAAAAGAAGAAUGUUGAUUAA